CGAUUAUGUGAUAAGGCAACUGUCGUGAUAGUAUGAUACUGAUAAUAAAAGUACUGAUAAGAGGCGCUGUCUCUAGACGCUCGUUGGUGUACUGUAUGCUGUAGGCGGCCAUGAUGGAUUGCAAGUUCUCAGGAAUGUUGAAGCAUACCAACCAAAUACAGGAGUUUGGUCUACAAUUCCGGAUAUGCAUUUGUGUCGACAAUAUCCAGGAGUAGCUGUAUUAGAUGGGUUGUUGUACGCAGUCGGUGGUGAUGACGGAACUUCCACUUUGGAUUCUGUAGAAUUUUACAACCCCAACAAUAAUACCUGGACCAUGGUCACAGCUCCAAUGAAUGUUGCACGAACUUGUUUAGGAGUAGUAUCUAUUGAUAGGCCACUAUAUUUCAAAACUUAGCAGUUCGCAAUUCAUAAUUAUAUUUGAUAGCUAUAAAUUAUAAUAUACAUAAAAACCCCGUUAAGACGCUCCCAUUUAUCACUCUAUCCCGCUUAAUACGUAAUAUUAUUGAAUCCGCUCUCUAUCCCGACCACUCAUAUCUGAUAAUCAAAAUUCCACUUACUACGUUGAUAAAAAAUGUCGUUGAAAGUUUAUCUAAUCUUCAUUUUACACAAACCUUUAUGUACUUAGCGCAGUAAUAUUAUGUGUUCUGGCACAGCGCACUCGUAAACCUAUUACCUGAUUAAUGUUAUUGCUUCAUAAAGGUAUUGGACGGUAUUUUAUUACAUACGUAUAAUUUCGUUGCACGGUUUACGUUUACGUUCGUAUUGUAUAACUAUAAUCCUUUUUAAAAUGCAUUUAACGUAUAUCAGGUUGGAUCCCGCAUAACUGCACGCUUCAAGAGCGUAUUAAGCGGGAAACCACUAUCACCCCAUCCCGUAUAAUACGCGGUUUUACGAUUUCCCCUAAGAAAGCUGUUUUAUUGUAUACUAAUAUAAUUACAGUCUUAAAUUGUAUGAUUAUUUUAUUUUUUAGUUUUUUUUUUCAUUGUAUAGUUUUUGUUGUUUUAUUAAAAUGUUUUCAUAUUAUAUUACCUAUUCGUUAAUGUCACAAUACUUUGCAUAUACAUUUGUAGUUAAAAAUAGAUAAAACUUGUAUUUAUUCU